AUGGAAGAAACCAUGCUACAAUUUAUGAAAGUAACACAAAUAAGCUUCAAGAAUCAAGAAUCUUCCAUGAAAAAAUUGGAAACACAGAUUGGACAGUUAGCUGAGCAACUGUCCAGCAGAGAAGAUGGGAGAUUCCCUAGCAACACAGUUAUAAAUCCAAAAGAACAAUGCCAAGCUGUGAUGACUAGGAGUGGAGCUGUUGUGGGUAGUCCAAAACCAGCCGAAAAAAGAGAGAAAACCAAGGAAGAGGAGAAGAUUAAAUCUGAUCUAGAGGAAAGGAACUUCACCUUAUUGAAAAGAGAAAAUUCAAAAAUGGAUACCUUCCCUAAAACUGUGAGAAGAACAAAGAGGCAAAUUUUAGAAGAUUCAAACAAGCCUCUAGAUGAAGAGAAAUACAAGCGACUGUCUUAUCCACAAAGAGUCAUCAAUCCUAAGCAAGAAAGGCAGUAUGAGAGGUUUCUAGAUGUCUUUAAGAAGCUCCAAAUCAACAUACCAUUUGCUGAAGCAUUAGAACAAAUGCCUUCAUAUGCAAAAUUCAUGAAGGAGUUACUGUCCAAGAAGAGAAAGUUAGAAAAUGACAAGACAGUCCCUUUGACUGAAGAAUUGAGUGCUAUUUUGCAGAGAAAGCUGCCUCAAAAAUUAAAAGAUCCAGGCUCAUUCAGCAUUCCAUGCUUUAUUGGAAAUUGCACAAUAGGAAAAGCUUUGUGUGAUCUUGGGGCAAGCAUCAACCUUAUGCCUCUUGCCAUCAUGAAAAGACUUGGAAUAGAGGAAGCUAAGCACACAAGCAUCACUCUACAACUUGCGGACAGAUCAUAUACUUAUCCAUAUGGUAUUGUAGAGGAUUUAUUGGUUAAAAUUGAGAAGUUUAUUUUCCCCGCAUAUUUUUUCAUUUUAGACAUAGAAGUGGAUGCCGAUAUUUCUUUAAUAUUGGGCAGACCUUUCUUAGCUAUAGGGAGAGCUUUGAUUGAUGUGCAAAAAGAGGAAUUAAUGCUUAGAGUGUAG